CCCUACACAGCACAUGUAGAUGUUUCAUCAGGGCUUUUGAUAGGACUGAACUGUUUGAGCUAUUAUAGAUCGUAAGCAAAGUAUACACAACAAUCUUCAUAUCACUGAUUUCAGUUAACAAAAUCUUUAUUGAUUUUUCCAGAGAGGCUUUAAAAUGCAGGGGAAAGUAUUAAAAACACUGCAUGUACAUUUUAGUCUAUGCCACUUUGACAUCUAUGCUGUUAAUCAUUCAGGCAGCUGAGUUACAUUAGAGCAGAUAAGUUAUUGAUCCCAUCCUGCACUCUGCUGCAGAGGCCGCCAGCCUCCAGAGAGUCUACUGUAAUUGUGAGCUCUUUGUCCUCUCUCUGCCCUCUCAUCUCCUCCUUUUCAUCACCUUCCGCCGCUCUGCCUUCAUCCCCACAUUUCUCCUCUAAUCCCUUCCUUUUAUUUCCUUUCACCCCACGUUUUCCCCUCUUUAUCCUGCGCCGCUAUAGCCGGGACUCCCCCUCUCUCUCUUCCUCUGUGCAUCCCCCUCUCUCCUCUCUCUGUCCAUAUGCUCAGCCUCUCUCCUCUAGCGUCCUCUAUGAGGUUUCUCUCGUGCAGAAAAAGCCGGAGAGAUGAGUGGGGCUCGCAGAAUGCAAGGUAAGAUGAGAAAUAUGCUGGUGUCAUGCAUGCACGGUGGAUGCAGAGAGAUUAGAGGUGUUGCAAUGCAUUUUGCAGCGUCACGUUGCAGAAGGAUAAAGCAAUGAAACUGCAAAACAAAAAAAAUGUAAAACAUGCUUCUUUACUUAUGUUUGCAGGGUUUAGGUACUGCAGAGAGGGAGCUACUCUGGUGAUUUCCUUGGAGGGUUUAAACUGGCUUUCGAAAAGGAGAUGCAGGAGCAAAAGACCCAGUAAAAGGGAUGAAGAUCUCCACUUGUUGAUGCCCUCUGGUCAGCUGAUCCAAACAGAUGAGGAGCUGCAGCCCAUCACCUGCCUCUGCAUCCUUGAUCAGAGAAGAGAUAAAGCUCCUCACAGUCAGGGGGAGAGCAGCGACUCCAUGUCAGGCCUGCUGGCAUGGCCUCCACCUCUUCAUAGCUGUCUUACCAUGGAUCCCUCCCACCAUUCAACGAGCACUUUUUUAGCUUCUUUUGUCUCAGAGGCCCCACCUGAGGGCCCGUGGAAAAGACUCAUUUUAGAUAUGAAAGACUUUUUUAGGUUGAUUACAAAGAGUUUUAAUAUUGUCACACAGCAGGACUUUUUUGCUAUGUUGAAUAAGUUAACCAUUUUCUUUGAUGAAGACAUACCAAAAGACCUUUUUGGAGACAUUUACAAUUCUGGGGAUUGCAGGGAGUCAAUGGAGGAUGCACAAUGGCAUUUAAGUGAAAAUAUGACAAGUAAUGUGAAAAAAUCUACUGCCAAACAGCUCCAAGAUGUCAAUAAUAACACCAACAACUCUGUGGAGAUUCAGCACAACGAGCCACAGAAAUCCAGUCUAAUCUAUGGUGCUCUGAAAGUGUCAUCUGGGAGGGACAAGACUGGAGCAAAGAGGAAGAGAGUGUCCUUUGUCGAUGAUGUGACGGUCUACUUGUUUGAUCAGGAGAGUCCCACUGUGGAGCUGAGGGCUGGGCCCUGCACAUUUCUGCCGAGCAGCUACUCCUGCAUUCUUCCAGAGGUCACAUUCGAAGACACUGGUUUGGAAUGGGAGGACGACUUCUCAGCUUUGGAGAAGAACUGCCAUUUUCAACAUGUCCGAUGCGCUCCACAACACAACUUUUCUCUGCCAGCACAGAGCUGCACCGCUGCAUCCAGACUGGAGCGUUUCUCUUUGUCCCAAACCUGCCUGUUCCUCACACAUGUCACCGAGUCAGACCUUGAGCUGUGAGAUAAGGAGCUCAGUCACCAUAAUUACACAGCAGCCAUUUUUCUCCCAUCAUGCUCAAGUUGAAUUUGGGGGAUUUGACAAAUUUCAGAGAUUUGACACAUGAUGAGCAAAUAAAAAGACGUCAGACCUUCUGCCAUAUGACUAUAUGGUUGAUUAAAGGGGACAUAUUUUACCCCUUCAAGAGAAGUUUAUUUAGUCUCAGAGGUCCCCAAAACAUGCCUGUGAAGUCUGCUGCUAAAAAAACACUCCAGUAUUGGAAUUUUGUAUGUUUAAA